UGAGAAUCCUUAAGCUAUAUAAACCCUAAAAGGUGCUAGGGUUUCGGAUCUGCUCUCUUCACACACCACAGCAAUGGCGUGCACGAUAGAUUUUCGGUGUCUGGACGAGGGUUUCGGUGGCAAAACCUACAAGCGCAAAAGAGAACAAGCUGAAGCACACAACAUCACCGGUGACGGCAAUGAAAACGAAGGAACCGCUUCCAUGGACACCGACGACGCUCUACCUCCGCCGGCGAAGAGAUCGGCGCUACCGUCGUCAGACGAUCCAGACAAGCCGGUGUUCGGGAGGCCGAGCUACGACGGCGUGAUCGCCGGGAGGGUUUCCGGUCGGAAGUGGAAGCAGGUGAGGAAGCAGAGGGCGUCGGCGGUUCAGGUGAGCCGGAAGGGAACGACGUUUGAGCAGAGAGGGAGGGAGAAGAUGAUAAAGAAGGCGUAUAAGGAAAGGAUGACGGAGUUGAAGGAGGAGAUUCGGAUGAAUAAGGUUGAGAAGAGGAAGAAGAGGGAAGAGAGGGAAAAGAAGAAGAAAGAGAAUAUUCUGAGAUCUGGCACCAAGUUCCAGAAGAUUACAAACCCUAACACUUUGAAGAGGAUUGCUAAGUCUAAGCAGAGGAAGCAGCUUAGAGUUGUUCCUGAUGAUCUACUUAAGAAGUAGAAUGUUUUUUUUUUAUUGCUUUUUGUUUUUCUCAAUGGAUAAUUUUGGAUGUAUUGAAAGAAAUUUUGUAAUAUUUGAGAUUUUAGUUGAUGCUUUGAAUGCAAGAUCUGUGGUGUGAAUUGUUGUUUU